UUCAGCUUGUAAUCACUGAAUCUCUACAACAACCUUAAUGGAAGGACAAGUGAAGGUGUAUUAUGGCAAGCCAAUGUUACCAGAUGUGUCCAGAGUGCUUGCAUGUCUGCAUGAGAAGGAUAUCCAAUUCAGGCUUGUUGACAUUCAUGAAGGUCACCAAAUGUCCCCAGGCUUCCUAAACCUCCAAGUUUCUACAAGAGCUCCAGUUCCUGGUUUUGAAGAUGGAGAUACCAUUCUUUUCGAAUCGAGAGCGAUAUGUCGCUAUGUUGCAGAAAAAUAUGCGAAACAAAAGAACCGUUACUUGUUGGGUAGGGAUUUACUCGAAAGAGCAUCAAUAGAACAGUGGUUGAAGUCGGAGGAGCUGAGCUUUGAUCCGCCGAGUUGGACCCUCGUCUGCAAUUUAGCUUUUGCACCAUUCACUAACAUCGGCGAGGAAGAAAAAUCACAGCUGCUCGAACAAAAUGAGAACAAGCUCGCCAAAGUCCUCGAUGUAUAUGACCAAAGGCUCAGUGGUAGUAGGUUCUUGGCAGGCAAUGAGUUCACAUUGGCUGAUCUUUUUCAUCUCCCCAACUCACAUUACCUUGCAAACUCUGAAGAAUGGGGGCAUCUUAUCAAGUCAAGGAAAAAUGUUCGUAGAUGGUGGAAGAAAAUAUCCAAUAGACCUUCAUGGCAAAAGGUCGUCGAGAUACUGAAACAGGUCAAUAAUGCAUCCAAGGAGAAACAGAAAGCUGUUGAGAAGUCAGAAAUCCAAACGACGACACACAAAGUACCGAUAAUCAGGAUCGAUGAUCGUUAUCAAGUUUCGACAAAUGAUAAACAAGUUACAACUUUAACAUUAUUGAAGGCCGAAGCACCUUAUACUCAAUCGGAAACAAUUGUUAUUGAUCAACCUGCAAUGGCUCCAAGUCCACAAACACAAGAACUAGUUGAGAAUCAGCAAGAAGUUCAAUCAAAUGCAAAGUCUCACCCUCAAUCUGAUCAAGGUGAAGUUCAGCAAACUCCUCAACCAGUUCAAGCAAUUACUUCCACUGAAUCACAAAUGAGCAGCAAGGUCAAUACUUUUAAGUCCGAUCAAACACCGGAGUCCACCAAACCUGAAUCAAAACCAGAACAAAAGGAUGCAAAAGUAAGCACCGAAACUGCAUCAAAACCAGAACAAAGGGAUGCAAAAGUACAGCAAACUCCUCAAGCAGCUCAAGCAAUCACUCCCACUAAAUCACAAACGAGCAGCAAGGUUGAUACUUAUAAGUCUGAUCAAACAUUGAAGUCCACCCAACCUGCAUCAAGACCAGAACAAAAGGAUGCAAAAGUAAGUGAUGAACAGCCUAAAAAAGAAUCAAAUGCAAACGCCAAAACUCAAUCUGAUCAAGUUAAAGUUCAGCAAACUCCUCAACCAGCUCAAGCAAUUUCUCGCACUGAAUCACAAACAAACAACAAACUUGCUGCUACUAAGUCUGAUCAAACACUGAAGUCCGUUGAACCUGCAUCAAAACCUGAACAGAAGGAUGCAAAAGUAAGAGAUGAACAGCCUAACCAAGGAUCACCUUCUACGGAAAAACCAGUUCCAUGAAUAAUUACGCUUUUACAAACAAUUUGGUCUGCUUACAUGCUGUUUUGAAAUGAUGUAUGGCUCCACAUACUCUGUAUUUUCUCCUUCCAUCAGAAUGUUUGUUUUUCAGAUGUUCA